CCCUGCCCUGUCCACAGACUAGGAGCAUUUUUCAAGCUCCCAGACCUGAUGACAGCCAUCUGCACACUCAUAAAGGGCAGCACACAAGCACGUAAGCGAGGGGACUGCCCUCUGACCACGGCUGCUGUGAGCACACAAGCCCUGGUCCCCGAGUGAGGUCACUGCUGGCUGUGGCUGUCCCAGGCUGCGGGGGCAGUGAGCAGCACCGCGCAGGGCAGGGCAGAGGGGGUGAAUGGAGUCAAUGUGGCAGAGGUGGCUGGGGGACCCGGGGAGCUGGCAGCACCCGGCUGUGGUCAGCAGGGAGGACAGCGAGCGCCCAUCCUCUGAAACGCCGUCUGUGAGCGAGGCAGGAGGAGAACAGAGGCCUUGUGCACCACGGGGCCGAUGCCUCUAAAGGUGCUGCAGCCCGGAGAGAUGCGCUGUGCUCACAGACAACGCCCGCAGCCGCGGCCGGCGAGGGGAGCCGGAGCACAUGGCCCGGGAUGUGCGAAGCCUGCAGAGGGCCAGGGCAGCACCGGCGCCGCGGGGAGCUCGGGGACCCCGCAAAGCCCGCAGAGAGGGGCUGCGGGCGGGACAGCGGGCCGUGCCCGGCGCGGGGCAGCGGCGCGGGGAGCCCGGCCAAGGGGCAGCAUCUCCGCAGGCUGCGGUGCCGGGGCAGCCCCGGUGCUCCCCGCUGCUGGCAGCCCGGGCCGGGCCGGCUCCUCCCCGGGGGCGGCCCCGGCGCAGGUGGCUGCGAGCAGCAGGAAGCUGCCCCGCUGCCGCCCGGGCCCUGGUGCCGAGCCGUGCCGAGCCGAGCCGUGCCGUGCCGUGCCGUGCAGCGCCGCCCGGGGCUCGCCGCGCCCUCCCGAGCCGGGGCAUUGCUCGGUGUUUUCUCGCUUUAUUCCCUCCGUUCUCCCGGUGCUCGGAGCGCCCGGCUCUCGCUGUCGGGGCACCACCGCUCCCGGACCGCCAUGAGCGCCGCGGGCCCCGGGCCCGGGCCCGGCCCCGACCCCGGCCCGCAGGAGGGGGACCCCGGGCACGACCCCGGGCACGACCCCGGCGCGGCCCGGCCGGGCAGCCCGCAGGAGGAGUUAGACUUCUCCAUCCUCUUCGACUACGACUACCUGAAGGCGAUGGAAGAAGAACCGACUCCACAUAAAACCAACAGCCCACCCUCUGGAGUUACAUACGCUCAUGAUGUCUUGGACUGUGGCCUCAAGCCAUGCCCCCUGCCUUUUUCUAGCCUUUCUGCAGAUCCCAUGGGCAGAUAUGGACAGCCAGAUAGCAUAGGGCCAACACCUACACACCCUGCCAGCGCCGCAGGGGCCUCUGCUCCGAGCCCUAGGAUUGAAAUAACUCCAUAUCAUGAACUGAUUCACUCAGGGGGGCCCUUCCGCAGCAGAGACACAGAUGUUCUGUUGGUGGAACAUCAGUCAAACUCAGCCACCACUAGCCCGAGGGUUACCCUGCCUGUCCCUGGCUUUGAGGGCUACAGAGAACCACUGUGUCUGAGCCCAGCUAGUAGCGGCUCCUCUGCAAGUUUCAUUUCAGAGACAAAUGUAUCUCCUUGCACAUCACCAUGUGUUUCACCAAAUAAUGGUCCUAGUGAUGACCUUUGUCCACAGUUUCAAAACAUCCAUACUCAUUAUUCUCCUAGAACCUCUCCAAUAAUGUCACCACGAACAAGCACCACGGAGGAAGCCUGCUUGGGACGCCAUUCACCAUCACCCUGUCCCAACUCAAGGUCCUCGUCACCCGGUGCAAAACGGAGGUACUCUUGCACUGAGCUCUACAGCACUCAGCUGCCUUCCAGCUCUCCUCGGCACUCACGGACCCCCUCUCCACAGCCCUCUCCUCGCGUGCCCCCGAGGGAAGACACCUCUGCAGUCACUUACACGCAGCUGGCCAGCGCUCCCCUUUCCAUGGAUGCUAUGAGCAGCCUCCCCACGGAUCCUUCCUGUGGGGUCCCCACGAAAAUUUGGAAAACCAGCCCCGAUCCUUCGUCCAUGUCUUCCCACAAAAACAGCAUUCCGUGUCACGUCUUUCAGCCUGUUGACUUCCACGGGCCCUGUGAGCAGGAGGACAGGAGAAACUCAGCCCCAGAGUCCAUUCUGUUGGUUCCUCCGUCCUGGCCGAAGCAGCUGGUGCCCGCAAUCCCGAUCUGCAGCUUGCCUGUGCAGUCUCUCCCACCGCUGGAGUGGCCCCUGUCCAGCCAGUCUGGCUCGUACGAGCUGCGCAUCGAGGUGCAGCCCAAGCCCCACCACCGCGCGCACUACGAGACCGAGGGCAGCCGCGGCGCCGUCAAGGCUCCCACCGGCGGCCACCCCGUGGUGCAGCUGCACGGGUACAUGGAGAACAAACCCCUGGGGCUGCAGAUCUUCAUUGGCACGGCGGACGAGCGCAUCCUGAAGCCCCACGCCUUCUACCAGGUCCAUCGCAUCACGGGCAAAACCGUCACCACCACCAGCUACGAGAAGAUCAUCGGCAACACCAAAGUGCUGGAGAUCCCCCUGGAACCCAAAAACAACAUGAAAGCAACCAUCGACUGCGCGGGGAUCCUGAAGCUGCGCAACGCCGACAUCGAGCUGCGCAAGGGCGAGACCGACAUCGGCCGCAAGAACACGCGCGUGCGCCUCGUCUUCCGCGUGCACAUCCCCGAGCCCAGCGGCAGGGUGGUGUCCCUGCAGGCCGCCUCCAACCCCAUCGAGUGCUCCCAAAGGUCUGCUCAUGAGCUUCCAAUGGUUGAAAGACAAGACAUUGACAGCUGCCUGGUUUAUGGAGGACAGCAGAUGAUCCUCACUGGACAGAAUUUCACAGCAGAGUCCAAGGUGGUGUUCACAGAAAAAACAUCAGAUGGGCAGCAGAUCUGGGAAAUGGAGGCAACAGUGGACAAAGACAAGAGCCAGCCUAGCAUGCUGUUCGUGGAGAUCCCCGAGUACAGGAACAAGCACAUCCGCACCGCCGUGAAGGUGAACUUCUACGUCAUCAAUGGCAAAAGGAAAAGGAGCCAGCCCCAGCAUUUCACCUAUCACCCAGUACCAUCCAUCAAAACAGAGCCCAUUGAUGACUAUGAUCCAGCCCUAAUCUGCAGUCCAGUGCACAGUGCUCUGGGGACAGUAACACAGCCUUACUAUUCACAGCACUCGGUGGCCACCGAGUCCUGCCUGGUGGCCACCAUGGCUCCUUGCCAGCAGCUGCGCUCGGGCCUCUCCUCCCCCGACUCGCGGUACCACCAGCAGAACCCGGCUGUGAUUUACCAAAGGAGCAAGAGCCUGAGCCCCAGCCAGCUGGGCUACCAGCAGCCCAACCUGAUGGCCACGCCGGUUGCCAUCGCGGACGCCCACAGGUCCGUGCUGGUGCACGCCGGCUCCCCGGCCCAGCCCGUGCUGCACCACUCCCCGGGCCACCAGCAGUCCUCCCCCGUCAUCCACUACUCUCCGACCAGCCAGCCGAGGUGUGGAGGCCACCAGGAGUUCCAGCACAUCAUGUGCUGUGAGAAUUUCGCCCCGCGGCCCGGCGCGGCGCAGGGCGGCCCGGCACAGCGCCUCAGCCCCGGCGCCUACCCCACGGUGAUCCAGCAGCAGCGCGCGGCCAAGGCCGGCGCGCCGGGCCAGCACAAGGACGGGCUGCCGGCCGGGGUGACCAUCAAGCAGGAGCAGAACCUGGACCAGGCCUACCUGGACGAUGAGCUGAUAGAUACACACCUUAGCUGGAUACAAAACAUUAUAUGAAAAAGAAUGACUGUGAUCUUUGAUCCAAGCAAUCAAAAAGAAAGUUAACGAAAUUAUCAGGAAGGAAUUCUCUGGACUCCCUGCCAGAAGUCAGACAUAGAAGAAGAGAUUUGUGAGACAACUUUUACCGAAUCCUUCCACAAGUGACCUCUUAGAUCCUUCCAGCGCCCCUGCAACCUCUGGCUUCCUUUGCCAUUCACCUCCAGGCAGAGACUCAGCACAAGGAACAAUGAAUUGGCACCAAGUGACAGCCUUGGCUGAGCGACUGCCACCUCUGUGUGUAAACAGCACGAAGGACACCCUUCCUUCCAUCCAGAGAUCACAUUGUUCUCCUGGAACACAGCGUCUCUCUGAGGAAACACUUCAAGCCUGCUGCAAACCAUCUGUCCCUGCGUCCAUCCAUCGGGACAGGAGCCGUCCCCCGAGCAGGGCUCAGAGCCUGGGGUGGGCUCUGGGGGUGGGAAAGGGGAACAAAGAGUAAUAGAUUCCAGGGAAGAACACCAUCCUGCAGGUCACUAACAAUCAUUUGCCCUCCAGCUUUCAAAGCCCUCCCGAGAAAUGUUAUUUUUGUAGGAAACUGAGGCAGCCCAAGCUCGCUCAGCCUUCACCCAGUCCGGGAUCAACAGCCAGUCUGCUCUGAGCACUGGGAUUGGUAUUUCAAACACCUGAGUCCAGGAGCUUUCUUCAUUUUUCUCAUCAGUCUGCAUAGGAAUUUGAAGGAGGGGGAUUCUCAUAACCAGCCAGUGAAAAGAGCAAUUCAGCAGUUGCAACGCCUGUCCCAAGGUAAAAUCAACCCAGGUAAACCAGAGAUUAAUAUAUAGGAGUCACAGUAAAUCCAGAGAUUUUAUGGUUCAUCCUUAUUAGUAUUUAGGCAGUGUAGGAACACAUCUUAGAUAUUUUCUCUCUAACAAAUUGUUGCUGAUUCUUUUCAUGUAGAACCUGCUCUUGGCUCAUAACUUGUCUCAUUUAGCAGCUGGAACAUUUACUCACCCAAGCUGCAGAGGAAAAUUAUUGCAUCUUACAGAAUCCAUACAUUCCAGAGAAAAUAUACACUUAUUUAUAUUCACCUGGUCUCUUUCGCUUUGCAAAGCUACCAGCAAUUCCUGGAAAGGUUAAAUUUCCAUGGGAGUUAGUAUUUUGUUAUGUUUUGCUUCAUGUGUUAGAAUAUCCUGUCCUGACUCCUGCUUUGCACAUUCCAGGUAACCACUGCCACCUGCAGUUGUACAGCUACAAGUUAGAAUAUUUAGGGGAGCCAGGGAUAAAAAGUGGGAUAAAAAGGCUUCCUGAGUGGGUAAUCAGUGUACAGUAAAAUGUUAGGAAUUACAUAGGAAUCUUUCCUGGCUUUAUAAAUAAGGAAUGCUGAUAUUUUCAGGAGUGCAGAGCCUGAGCUCUGCUCUAGAAAGCGCAGUGAAACUGAUUUCAGUUUUCAGCUGUGUCACAGUAAAACUUUGCAGCAGCAGCGUUGUCCAGGGCUCACAGCAGGAGUCAGGGGGUGGGAAUGCAGCAGAGCAGCCUCAAAAUUGGUUCCCCAAUGCCUCGAGAAAGAUUUUGCACAAUCCCUGCAGAGCUUGGUCCAACAAAAAUCUCUUUAGGACUAUCAGGAAGAAUGUAUUCCCUGCCACUAAAGGCUGGUGCUCAAACUCUGCAAGGUGCUGGCUUUGGAAUGGGAGACAGAAGCAUUGGGUUCUUCAGAACACCUGACCUGGGGCUCAGCUAAAAUUUGAACAGAAAUCUGAAUUUCCCAAGAGCAGCUCUGGACUCCAGAUCCACCCAGCUCAGAGCCAGAGCAGAGCAGAGCCCUGCACGUCCCACCCUGGCACUCAGGGCACAGCCUGGCUGCUCUUUCUGCUUUGUGAGACUCAAAUCUUUCACCCCCAGAGGAGUUCCCUUGUCCCAGCACCCAGAACUCCUGGCAUGCCUCACCUGGUGCUCUCCCUGGGAGCUCUGCCCUGCCUGGAGCUGCAGAGGUGAAAACAGCCUUUAUUUAAUUGCUGCCUUUUACAGGGACAAAACUGAGGCCCAGCCCUGCUGGAGAGGGGAAUUCCUGUCAGACAGCACUCAGCAGGACCCUGACUGGCUCACACGCCUCAAAAAGCUAUUUUGGAUUCUUCCAAACUGUCAGUGCGCCAGAAUCUGACGCAUAUUCAGGGGUUUUUAGUGCAGUCUGGUGAAUUAGACAAUUCUGACAUAUUCUAAAGGCCAAAAGUUGCCUGUCAGAAGUUCUUUGCUAUGACUGAGUACAAGAGCAGACCAAAUGCAUCUCCCAGUUUCACACUUGGAUGUAUCGAAAGUUUUCCAUGAUCCAACCUGUAAAGUAUAGGAGAAAUUUAAAAAACAGCCCAAAAACCCACCCACAGAAAAAAAAUACCCUCAGAUUAUUGGCAGAACCUUCUCUCUUGCUGGAUUUUAAAUAGAAGCUCAAAGAAGCCCAGGAAGGUCUUUUCAGAUCUGUGAUGUGCUGCUGCUGCUGCUCUGGUGACUGUCUGCAGCAACUACUCAUCAAUUUAGGAGAAUAAUUAUUUUCAUAUUUAUUUUUAGAUAAUAUCAGUUUAGAAAAGGGGUGGGGAAGAAAAAAACCUAAUGCUGGAGCAAAGAAAAAGGUCAGUGUUUAAGUUCUGCCUUCUGGAUUGUAGAUGCUGAAAUGUCCUUUUAAUAUAUUAACCCCCAAAAGGAAGGAGUAGCUGAAACCUUGGAUUUGGACUUGGAGCAGUUCAGUAAUGAACCUCUGCAACCAAAAUACACAAGAUUUCCACUGUGCUUGUGUGUUCUUCAGGCACUUUGUUAUAGAGGGGGAGAGAGGGUUGGGGUUUGAUUUAUUUUGGGGUGGUUUUUUCUUUUGUUGUUUUUUUGCCUUGGUUUGGGGGGUUAGGUUUUUGGGUUUGUUUUAUUUUUUUAGUUUUCUGGGGGCUGAUUGUUUGGGGUCUUUUUAGUGGAAGGGGUUUUUUUUUAUGUGCUACAGGUGCUCUAGCCAUGCUUGCAUUGACUGCAUUCCCUCCUCAUCUUUAUUGCACAGGUAUUAAUCUGUGUACAUAUACAGUGUACAAUGUAAUUUAUAUAAUACACCCACACAGAGAGGGGCCACUUACAAGGGCUGGUAGUGGCAGGACAAGGUGGGAAUGAACUCAAACUGCCAGAGGAAAGGUUUAUUCCAGAGAUUAGGAUAAAAAUUCCUCCCUGGGAGGGUGGGCAGGGAAUGGGAUGGAAUUCCCAGAGCAGCUGUGGCUGCCCUGGAUCCCUGGCAGUGCCCAGGGCCAGGCUGGAUGGGUUUGGAGCAGCCUGGGACAGUGGGAGGUGUCCCUGCCAUGGCAGGGGUGGCCCUGGGUGAUGUUUGGGGUCCCUGCCAGCCCAGGCCAUGCCCUGCUCUCUGUGGGUGUGUUGUUUUAUCCGUGGUUAGAAGUGAACACAGCUGGGUCCUCCCGUGCACGGAGGUUUCACCCCCUGUGUUCUGCAUUUUAGGGGUCCAGCCACAGCUGCAGGAGCCCGGGCUGUGCUGCCCCAUCUGCUUUUCAGUGGUUAAAUCAUUCAGCUUCAACCAGCUUUGUAUUUAUUUCCGGAGAAAAGGAGCAUCCUCAGACAUAGCAUUGUGCAUUGUUGUCUCUUUAAAAAGGAAAAUGUUAAAAUUAUAUAGCUAGGCUGAAGGAUUUCAAUAUAUACAGUACUAAAUUAUUUCCUGUUCUUGCUGAGCUGUGUUUUUCCAGUAUUAGUAUUUCUGUUACUUAAUACAACUUCCUCUCUGUAGAAGCACGAGCUUAACCUUGGAAGAGUUAAUAGCAUUUUGUGAGCAAUUUGUUCUCACUUUUUCUGGAAGAUAGCCAUAUUUGCACAUGAGGAAAUUCUGUCUUUCCUCAGUUAUCUGAAUGUUUCACCACAGUGCCUUCCUGCCAUUGUACCAAAGGCCUACAAAUAUCUUGUCUGCAGGGUGAACAACUCUAAUGCGUUUUCCAUCAAAGCUGCACCAUGAGAAGUUCAUGGGGCAUGUUGGAACUCAAAAGUUCAUCUCUUUUUAUUUGUCCUGUGUGUGUGUGUAAUUUUUUUUUUAACUUCCAUUUUUCCAUCCGAGCUUUGGCUGCGAAUACAGGAUGAGCUUCUAUAAACUUCUGCAUCAAAUAUACGUAGAAUAAAAACCAUCAUUCACGAUAUGUAAACAGUCUGAGAGUGGAAUGGGAGUGGGCAGAUAUCAGGAAGAUUUUUUUUUUGUCAGUUAUGAAUGUUGGAAGUCGAGUUUGCCAGGAGAGGAAUUGCUUGUGAAGACACUUGCAAUGAAAUACGAAGUCCUGGUUUUGUUUUUCUCCAUGAGAAUGAGCAAAAUGUAAGAUCUGAGCAACAGCAGUGGAGUGGAAGUGUCUCAUGUAUGUUGUUUUUACCGGGAGAAAGAAUGUAGAAGAGUCAUGGGUUUUGCACUUGCUUUAUUUGUAUCCAUGUAAAUAUGUAUCCCUCCAUUCUCCCCGUAGGAAAACAGCAUUUCCUGAAUGUAGAGGAUUUCCAGAACCAGCACUAUGUUAUUCUCUAUUGUAUAAAAAGCUGCUGCUUCUUAACAUAUCUAAACCAGUUCUCAAAGUAGCUAGCAUGUUUUUUAAAGUGUAUUUUGUAAUCCAUAUCUUUACAACAACAGUGACUGUGCUUUUUGUCUGACCAAAUAUGCAACAUCUUUUGGAUUAUGGUUUGUAUUUAUAAAGGAUCAGUUUUCAUUUUCUGAAUGCCUUACUUUUCUAUGCAAUUGUUGUUGAAUUGUUGUUGUCUUAAAAAAAGAUGUAUUUGAUAAAUUUCCCAAAGACUUCAAAGACAGCUUUAAACGCUUAAGAAAUAUGUUUCCAAAUAUUUCAAUCUGACUUUUCCCCCUGCAUUUCCUUCCAAAUUGCUACUUAAUAGGGAACAAUGAUCUGCCAGAUGGGACUCAAGAAAAUGACUGUCUUCAUUUCAAAUCUUAAACUGAUUCAGAUCCUCGUAAUUUUUGCACCACUUAAAAUCAUCUGAUGUUCCAGUUUAGCUGCAAUUCUGAGUGUUUGUUAUUUAUGUUCCAUAUUCCUGUGCAAUAGGAGGAGAUGCCACUGCUGGGUCUCGAUGGGGUGAAUUGUCAGAUUCUCCAGAAAUCCACUCUUUUCCUCAUCAUUUACAUUGCAGUGGUUUCUCACCUGUGAGGCAACUCUGCCAUCACACGGGGAAGGCUGUGAUCCUUUAUUCAUCUCAGUUCAGAAUGAAUAAUCCACCUCUGGAACGUCUGACAUCAGAUUGUAUCUUUAAUAUCUGCUGCAUUAUCCCUGCAGGGGUCACAGGGGUACCAACCUCUCUAACCACCAGCAGUGUCAAACCCACCCUGGUCUGUUUAAGGUUUGUUUAACCAUUUCCAUUGUUUCAGGGGUACAAAAAUAGAAAUUAGUACCUGCACAUUGCAGUGAACUUCACCUGAAGGUGCUGUAGGUGAUCUCGAAUGCAAAGAGUUACCUGGGGGGGUUGAGGUUCCUUCUCUAACUCAUCAAAUAGCAACAGAAAGCUCCAGAAGGACUGAGUCUCAGAAGGAAAGAUUGCCUGGCACUCACAUUUUUGUUUUUAAUGUGUAAUUAUGAAGGGAUUCUCCCCAGAGUCCAGCCCUCCCUGCCCUGGAUGUUCAGGUAAAGCCAUAUUUUAACAGACACACGAGUGAGCACUUGUCACUCACAUCAUCCUCACAAGUGUCUUUUGAACCAAAUUGCUUCUUCAAAAACCUAGCUCUCACAAUUGAAAAGGGAUUUAUAUCAUUCACAUUCCUACAACAACGUUGUUAACCUCCAAUGUAAGGAUUGUUUUUGCUAUCUGUAAAGUAUUUUUAUAUAUUGCCUGUACUAUGGUAGAUUAGCAAUAAAUGAAAGGGCAUCAUCUGC